AUGUUUCGUCCCGAAGUAAAGAGAGUUCUUCUUUUGGUCAUAGGUGCCAUCGAGUGUCUGUUUUUUGGUGGUUGGAUUUUCGGAUGGGCCUCUUUGGUGUUUGUUUUUAAACAAGAAAGGUACUUCUCCGAUGAGUGUACCACCGGCUCAUCGACAGUUGUGCCGGAAAAUCGAACCGGAUCAUCGGGGGAGUCACCAACCACCACGCUGCCUGUGACCGUGGGGAACUGUGAAGAGCAGGACCGCCAGCUUCAGCUUGUGUUCACGGUCGCAAACUUUUGCGUAGCCGGGGCAGCGUUUCCACUUGGCCUGAUGUUCGACAAACUCGGAACUUUAUUUAUGCGAAUUUUAAUAAGUGUUCUGAUGUUUGCUGGUAGUCUGAUGUUCGGUUUGAGUUCUAGCACCAGGGCCUUUCUAGUUUUCCCGGCUGCAGUCUGUGUUUCGAUGGGUGGAGUGCAACUACUAGUUGUCAACUUACAGAUUUCCAAUCUUUUUGGGCGGCAUAAAUGGUUUGUCAUGGCAAUAUUCUGCGGCUGUUUUGACUCUUCGGCGGUUGUAUUUCUGAUUGUCAAGGCUCUCUACGAAAAUCUGAACGUUCCAAUCCAGUCGAUUUUCUACGUGAUGACCGGUACAACUUUCUUCUUCACCUUUAACACUUUCUUCUUGUUGCCGAAGAGGGGUCACAUACCCUGGCCACCAGUCCAAGACGAGUACCACGAAUCGUCAGGAACCACGCAGGAAUUGAGCGCGGUUGAAACAAAGCACGUGUACAGCAAUGAUGUUAAUUUGAAAGACGAACACCUCAGAGAGCGAUACGUUCACAAAGGAGACUCCGAAACUGACCACCGUGAACAAGGAGCUUCAAACCAGACGACCAAUGGGAUGCCAAAUACUUUGUCUAGCACAGACAACGAAGUCAUAGAGUCCAAUCCACUCUCCAAAGAUUUCCCCUCAUUGCGAUCCUGUUUCUUCUCAAUGUCAUUCCUCUUCUUCUACUUCUGGUUCUCAAUUCUUCAACUCCAAGUCUUAUUCUUCGUCAGCACACUGAACCCUGUGCUGACGAGACUUGCUGAUAACGAUGAAACGAUUGUUUCUAAGUACACCAACGCCCUAGCCUUUAUCCAGCUUGGUGGUAUUGUCUGCGCACCUUUCAGUGGACUUCUUCUCAGCAGGAAUAAAGGCAGAAAUAGGUGCAAGAAUAAGGAGACAGAAACAGAAAGACUCAAGCGGCGCGGGCCAUAUAGUGAUCUUAAAGAUGCUUCUUUAGUCUACGCUAUCAGCACGUCAAUUGCCAUCGUCUUCUACACAUGUAGUGUCAUGCCUUUCUUAGAUGUCCAGUAUGCAACCUUCGUUUUGUCCGUCUUCAGCAGAUCGUUCGUGUACAGUUUGACUGCUUCUGGAACAAAUCUUUUUUUCCCUGGGAAGUAUUUUGGUGCUGUGUACGGUUUAAUGAUCGGACUUUCGGCUGUCUUCAGUCUUCUUCAAUAUCCUCUCUUCAUUGUUGCCCAAGACGUCUUUGACGGCGAUGAUUUUUGGGUUAAGAUUGGCUUGCUGAGUGCCAGUGUUCUGACGUACUCUUUUUCGAUCUUCAUCUUUUUCUACUCAAGAAGAAAAGAGAAAUUAAAAAGACGGGGCCAGGCUAACUUUCCUUCCAGUCCCUCUUUUGAAUGGAAGUUGGCCGCACAGCGAUCCAGGAUGGCCGCACCCGUUGGAAAGUUUGACUGA